GAAGGUAGGCCUGCCCUGCCCACGGUGGCAAGGAAGUAGCGCGGUAUGGAAAUGCCACGCCUGGGUUCAGUGCCUGUCUCCCAUUCUCCUCUCUCCACGGGAUCCUGCCUGCUCCCGCCGGUCUGGCAGGUGGACACGGGCCGGGAGUCUGCGGUUGAGCCAAGCGGGUGCAGCGCCGGCCGUCGGAAAGGUGUGGAGGGAAAGAGGUGGCUGGCUAACAUGUGCACGACCGGGAGGGCGGCCCCUGGCCCGCCGGGCGACCUUGGGGGAGCGGGCUCCGUCUCUGGGCGAAGGUGUGCAGUUCCCGCUACCUGCCGGUCCGGCGGCGCUCUGGCUUCCUCUCCCUUUUCCGGCGGCCCUUUGCCAGGUCGGCCUAAGCUGGCUUCUCCCAGAUGCAUGCAAGGAUAUUAGAAUGUACAAGGAGACACCUUCUGCCGGCCAGCCUUUUGCUUUUAAUUGUAUAAACCUGUCACCAACAUCUGGGAAAGUACAUGUAACAUGGUAUAAAUAUCCUGGCAAAAGCCCAAUAUCCACAAAUGCACAGUCCAGAAUUCACCAGGAGCAAAACUGGAUUUUGUUUCUCCCCCUGACACAGGAGGACACUGGGAUCUACCAAUGUGUCAUAAACUAUACAAACACCUGUCACAGAAUCCAUGUAAACCUAACUGUGUUAAGAAAAUAUUGGUAUUGUUUUUCUGGAAACAGUCAACUGAUUUUAUCAGAUGAAUACAAACAAAUAUUACAUGCCGGAAAAGACGACAGUCUUACCUGUCAUCUGAACUUCCCACAGAGUUGUGUUUUGGAUUCAAUAACGUGGUACAAGGACUGUAAAGAGAUUAAAGGAGGACGGUUUACUCGUUGGAGAGUUAAGCUCUCAGUGAGCAACGUUUCAGCAGAGGACGGAGGGGACUACGCGUGUCAAGCCCAACUGACACACACAGGGAAGCGGUACACUAUUUUAAACAGCAUCACUGUGAAUAUCACAGAAACACAUGGAUAUGCAGGAAGAAUUCCUAAAAUCAUUUACCCAAAAAACAAUUCAAUUGAAGUACAACCUGGCACUACCCUUACUGUAGACUGCAAUAUAACAGACACAAGGGAUAAUACAAAUCUCCGAUCCUGGAGAGUCAAUGACACCUUGGUGGAUGAUUACUACAAUGAAUCCAAACGAAUCAGAGAAGGAUUUGAAUCUCACAUUUCUUUCCAGAAACAUAUUUUUUACACAGUGAACAUAACCUUCUCAGAAGUGAAAAUGGAAGAUUAUGGCCAUCCUUUCAUUUGCCAUGCUGGGGUGUCGGCAGCCUACUUUAUUUUAAAACUCCCAGCCCCGGAUGUUCAAGCUUACUUGAUAGGAGGGCUUGUCACCCUGAUAGGCGCAGCAGUGUCUGUCACAUACAUCUACAACAUUUUUAAGAUUGACAUUGUACUCUGGUAUCGAAGUGCCUUCCUUUCUACUGAGAUCAAAGAAGAUGGGAAGCUGUAUGAUGCCUAUGUCUUGUACCCCAAGCCCCAAAGAGAAAUCCAGAGUCCUGAGGUGGACACACUGGUGUUGAAGAUUCUGCCCGAGGUGCUGGAGAGGCAGUGUGGAUACAAAUUAUUUAUAUUUGGUAGGGAUGAAUUUCCUGGACAAGCUGUGGCCAAUGUCAUUGAUGAAAACAUCAAGCUGUGCAGGAGGCUGAUCAUCAUCAUAGUUCCUGAAUUCCUGAGCUUUGACCUGUUAAAGAACAUGUCCGAAGAACAAAUCGCAGUCUAUAAUGCACUCAUCCAGGAUGGGAUGAAGGUCAUUCUGAUUGAACUGGAGAAGGUCAAGGACUACACGGCCAUGCCAGAGUCAAUUCAGUACAUCAAGCAGAAGCACGGGGCCAUCCAGUGGAGUGGGGACUUCACAGAGCAGUCACAGUGUGCAAAGACCAAGUUCUGGAAAAAGGUGAGAUAUCACAUGCCACCCAAAAGGCCUCCACCGUCUUCUUCCGCCCAGAUGCUGAAGCACAUGUACUGAGACCUCAUAGCCGGCAAGUGGGGGGCCAAGGUGGGUUCAUCACCAGUGAUGGCAUUGUUGGCACGGGGUGGCUUACAGAGGGACAACGAUGCAUCACACUUGGACCAUCUGCUUGAAGCUUGCUACCGUAUAUACUUGUUGUGAGAGGG